UUCAACAUAGCCCUUGUUAUUCUCACGUCGAUCCGCAUAUGGGGACUUUUGAUGGACGCUGGUACGAAAACCAAAAUUCCGGCGAAUUCAUCCUCGUCCGUCACAAGAAAUAUCCUAUCGAAGUCGACAUGAUAACACAGCCUUGUUCGAAUUGGGGUCCAAUACCAACAUGUGCUUGCGCCGUAAAUGUAAGAGCUGGAGGUGAUAUAUUCACCAUAAACCACUGCAGCGGACACCUAACGAAGUAUCUAUCCAAUAAGGAUGAAGCAUUGAAAGUGUACCGGGAAAGUUCUUCGGAAUAUAAGAUUAUCCUGCCCACCGGAAUGUCUGUGAACAUAUACUUGAUGACAUGGGGUAACUACGUGAUGAAUGUUGACAUCUAUCCGUCACCACAAGACUUCAAUCAGGUUGAAGGAUUGUGUGGAAAUUAUAAUGGCAAUCCAGACGAUGAUUUUAUCAUGCGAGACAGUGGAACUUUGUGGACACCAAGUUCUGAUAACACUGACAGAGUCUGGUAUUGGGCUGUGUACCCGGAUGAAUUCUCUUUCUCAUGGGACCUUACACACAAAUGGAAAGAGAGCUUGCUCAAUCCGGUUGUUUACGAGAAUACAUUGCCAUGGAAUCGGGAUCAAACGUUUUGCAUUUGUCCAGGUAUACCAGCCAACAUCUUUCAGUCCGUCUGCUCUAAGCACGAGGACGAUUCUUGUAACAAAACUGUUGUUAGACGUGGAGACUUGAUUACUGGUACCCUACUAGUAUCAAGAGAUAAGAGAGGUGCGGUAAGCAAUGUUAAGAAACACAGAGUCGAAGAUCAUGUGAAGCAACGACUCAAUAAAAUGACAAACUCCUGGAAAAAUAAGGUUCUUCAUAUACGCAACAAGCGAGAGUCUACAUCAGCUCCUGCGAAUAUGAGCGCCGAAGAGGCACGUGUGUAUUGUGACGAAGCAUUCCUAAGCUGUGCGAGUGUGCAGGCUGCCAAGGAUCAGAUUGAUACGGACCUUAAUAAAACCCUAGAAGACUGUGCAUUUGACAUGGUGAUGACAGGGAAUUCACAGUGGGUAACUGCUCAUUGCGAUGCACAGACACAGGCACUUCAGAUGGAAAUUCAGAAAAAUGAAACUAUAUUUGAAGUGUUUCCAGACAUAGUCAAACUGGUGAAGGAUAAUUCUUGUCCGUCUAAUUGUAGCAGUAAUGGAAAAUGCAUUGAAGGUACAUGCCAUUGCUUUGACGGUUAUGGGACGGACCUCUGCUUUAUUGAGCUCUCAAAACCACCUACGUUGCAAGAACUCGGAAACAAUGGGACCUGUGAUACCGGUAGAGGGGAUAUCUGCGACUGCAUUCCAAUAGUUGGUGACGGCUUUGUCGAGACCGCCUUUUGUAACGUGAUUAUAUAUGAGACAAAUGAAAAGAAUGUCUUCACACUGUCACAGUCGUUAAGCCUUGCAUGCGUAUACAACGACCUUAACGAAGUGUGCGCACCUGUUCAGGAUGCCAAACUACGACGAAAGAGGUCGACACAAACAAUCAGUGCAACCAUGUAUUAUAUUUCAGUUAGUAAUGAUGCAGUGAACUUUUGCAGCCCUUCUAAAGUUGUUGUUUUGGAUGGCACAUGUCAAGACUUUUUUGAAGAUUCCGCUGGAAACACGGUCAUGGUUUUGAAACCUGGGUACUGUUAUAUCGAAGGAAGAUGUGUUUUGAAAGAGACGCCUGGAGAUGAUUCGUGUACGGAAUGCAAGCCUGCGUCCUCUACAUUUGAGUGGACAAACGUGUGCCAUGGAAGCAGUAAAAACGAGAAACGAAGCGUGUUAGGCAUCGCAAUUGGUAUACCGGCUGGAGUAUUGCUUCUCGUUGGAGUAAUACUUGUGUGUGUCAUGGUUGUGAAGAAACAAAAGAAGAACACUACCGUCCAAUCAAGGAUUGAUGUCGGUCUGUAUGAUUCUUCUGCUUCCCACAAGAUGUUUCCGCUGCGUGUAGACCCUGGUAUUUUUACAACAAAAUCUGUACCCAUGCAUGUUGAUGACGAUGGAUUCGUAUUUGAAUUGCCGGAACAGCAGGAGGGUAAUCCUAUCAGGCGUUUCAAUGUUUACGACCCAGUACCUGAACGACCAGUAUCUGCCCUUUCGAACCCCAUGAUGCACAGGUCGGACACAGCUGAAACGAAUACCAUGAUUGAACGACCUGUAACCGCUUGGUCGAAUUCCAUGAUUCAGAUGAAUGACUUAUAACAGUAGAAGUGCAAACAAUUCAUAUAAGCGUUGACCAAGUGCAGACACCACGCGCACAAUAAUGCUAUUCUAAAUGAGGAUUUGUUUUGCAAAAAAUGUAACACAUGUAUAAAAUUAAAUUGUUUUCAUGAAUAGUAAUGGAAAAAUACUUGUUUAGUUAUAUUUCACAGUCUAAAAUAUGAACUUCUUAUUGUAUAUGAUAAAGUAACACUCAAGAAAUCAUAACAUGUUUUAGAACUCUACAUUCUAUUACUUGUUUGUUAGUUUUUAGUGUUUUUUUUAAAGUAUUAAUGAUCGUCUAACUAAACACAUAUAUCUAAACAGGUUUUAUUCUAGCAUAUGUAGGUAUCUACAAUACGUGUGACAUAUUAUAUGUGUAAUAUUAAUACUUAGCUUUUUUGUUUAUUUUUGUUUAUUUUGUAUUUGAAUCUUGUUUUUUUUAUAUGUAUUGUUGUUUUAUUGUAUUUUUCUUGACUUUGACAAUUUAUCAAUUGCUAAAACUAUUUUUGUUAUGAAACUUAUAUAUCUAGAUAUCUCACACAAGCAUUCACUUUAUGUUUAAAACGCUUCGGUAUUCAAAGAACGCCUACAUAAUGUAUGUAGCAGAUUCGCUUACUAACAUAUAUGUUUUUAAAGGUUGCUACUCUUUCUUAAAUAACACGUUUAUAUUGAUGGCAUGUAUAAUGUUUUUGCGUCCUGCUUUUUGUAAAACUUCCACAAUCUAUCCAGAGUUCGAAUUGAACGACCCCUCGAUAUUAAAAAAUGGUCAAAAUCAAUUGCUUUACUUUGUGACUUAAACAAUGUCACUAUUUAUUUGUUUGUGUUUUUAUGUAUUAGACGGUGUUUCACUCACACUUUUUUAUGAGCAAUCUUAGCAAAUAUAAGCGAUAAACCUUUUCUAAUUGCACCUGUUUAUUUGACUAUAUUUAUAAUUGGUCUACAAUGUUUCGGAAAAAAGGUGGUGUUAAUUCGCACUCAAAUAAUGUCACUACUUUAUAUGUCAUUUAUAUUUAAGAUACCGGUAUUUAAUGUUUCUUUAUAUAUACUUUAUAUAGUUGAAUUUAAAAAGUGUCAAAAGUGUCAUGCAUAUUGGUUAAUAUUUACGAUGUGUUUAUACUGGGCCAUUUUUAUGUAGUGUAUGUAAAAAACUAUACGCACUUAACAUGUUGACUUUUGCAUGAAACAAAGCAUUUAUUAACAAUCACCUGUGUAUUCCUUGUUUGUUUGCUAUUGCACUUUUCAAGUAAUCAGAAAUAAAUACCUAACAUAUGAAA